CCGCGGCUAAGGCGGGCCGCUUGAGCUGCUGGGGACGAGCGGUUGGAACCGGUCCUGGAACCUGAGUCUGCUGAAGAAACGGGUGCUUCGUGCGGCUGGCUCGCGAGCCCGACCGCGUUUCUCCGGCCGCAGUGAUGGCUCACGAAGCGAUGGAAUAUGAUCUUCAGGUGCAGUUAGAUCAUAAUGCUGCCGAACAGCCUGUUCCAGCUGAAGGGGUCAGCAGCCAAGAGGGACCACCCCUGCUUCAGCCUGACUUGGCUGAAGUUGUCAGCAGCCAAGGGGGACCACCCCUGCUCCAGCCUGCUCCUGCUGAAGUGGUCAACACCCAAGGGGACCCUUACCUGUUGCAGCCUACUCCACAAGUGUCCAUUGACCUGACAGAGGAAGUGGAGCUCUUGGGAGAAGAGAAUGUGCAGAACAUCAAUCCAGGAGCUUCAGAGGAGCAUAGGCAGGAGUCUGGCGCUAACCACACUAUUCGAGUAGCUUCAUUGGAGUCAAUGAGCAGCUUCCUUAAUGGGCUACAGCGACUUCAUGGCAUGCUGGAAUUCCUGAGACCACCUUCGGACCACAAUGUGGGGCCAGUGAGAACCAGGAGGAGGAGAGGGACAGCUUCACGCAGAGUGAGAGCCGGGGGGUCUCAGAGGACAGACAGUGCCAGGUCCAGAGCACCACUGGAUGCUUACUUUCAAGUGAGCAGGAGCCAGCCUCCUUUGCCAACCACCUCUAGUGAUUCAGGGGCUAGCAAUCCUGUCUCUGAAGACUUGCAGAUAUCCAGUAGUGCUGAUUCCGACAGUGACAGUUCCAUAGAGUAUGAAGAGGCUGUUGUCCCUGCAGAGGAACCUGGUGCUGUCAUUUUAGAAGAACCAGCAGGUGAUAUUUCAGCAGAGCAAGAAGUUGUAUGUAUUGGUGGAAGAGAGACCCUCCCCAAUGAGCAGUCUCCCCAGAAGUCCAGCUCUCUUCUGCCUUCAGCUUGUACAGAUGAGGAAGAAGAAGGGGACACUUGCACGAUAUGUUUAGAACAAUGGACCAAUGCUGGGGAUCACCGGCUUUCCGCGUUACGCUGUGGGCAUCUCUUUGGAUUUAGGUGCAUUUCUAAGUGGCUCAAAGGACAGACACGAAAAUGUCCCCAGUGCAACAAGAAAGCCAAGCACAGUGACAUUGUUGUCCUUUAUGCCCGAACCCUGAGAGCCUUGGACACUAGUGAACAUGAGCGUGUAAAAAGUGUCUUACUACAGGAGCAGAUGCUAAGGAAGCAGGCCGAGUUAGAAACAGCACAGUGCCGACUCCAACUUCAAGUCCUCACUGAGGAAUGCACUAAGCUUCAUAAUCGUGUCCAGGACUUGCAAAAACUUAUUCUGCAACAUCGGGAUCAGCUAUUACGGCAUCCCAGGGGCUCCCAAGCACCAUCCCAAAGCAGCUCGCGCCCGCGCAAGUACUGUUUCCAGAAGACCUUCACAGUGUCUCAGAGUGGAAACUGCCGAAUUAUGUCAUUCUGUGAAUCUCUGAGCUGCCUGGUGGUUUCACAGCCUUCUCCUCAGGCCACCUUCCUUCCAGGUUUUGGUGUUAAGAUGUUCAGUACUGCCGACAUGAAAAGCAGUCAGUACAUUCCCAUGCAUAGCAAACAGAUCCGUGGACUGGCUUUCAGCGGUCAGUCCAAUGGCUUACUUCUCUCUGCUUCCCUAGACAACACUAUUAAACUGACCAGCCUGGACACAAAUACAGUGGUCCAGACUUACAAUGCUGGACGGGCUGUCUGGAGCUGCUGCUGGUGUCUUGAUGAGAACACUUACAUCUAUGCUGGACUUGUCAAUGGUUCAGUUCUGGUAUAUGACCUUCGAAACACGAGUAAUUAUGUCCAGGAAUUAAUACCUCAGAAAGCCAGGUGCCCGCUGGUGUCCCUGUCAUACAUACCCAGAGCUGCCUCGGCUGUGUUUCCAUAUGGUGGAUUGUUGGCUGGAACCUUGGAGAAUGCUUCCUUCUGGGAGCUAAAAACGGGCUCUUCUCUUCGGCCUCACGUACUGCCCAUAGAGCCAGGGGGCUGCAUAGACUUUCAGACAGAGAGCAGCACCCGACACUGUCUAGUGACCUACAGGCCUGAUAAAAAUCAUAACACCUUACGAAGUGUGCUGAUGGAGAUGUCCUAUAAGCUGGAUGAAGCUGGAGAGCCAGUCUGCUCCUGCCAUCCUGUGCAGACAUUCCUGGGGGGACCCACUUGCAAACUAUUGACCAAAAGUGCUGUUUUCCAACACCCAGGGAAGAGUGGCAGCAUCCUGGUGUGUACUGGUGAUGAAGCAUCAAAUUCUGCCCUGCUUUGGGAUGCUGGCAGUGGCUCCUUGCUGCAGAAUCUGCCGACUGAUCAGCCUGUCUUGGACAUCUGCCCUUUUGAGGCAAACCAUAGCAGCUACUUGGCUACCUUAACAGAGAAGAUGGUCCAGAUCUAUAAGUGGGAAUGAUCCUGGUCUUAAAACUUACAAGGCAUGCUCCUGGUUAAUGUUAAAUGUUGUUUGCUAGCACCUAACAGUCUUGAGCAAGAUCCCUACUUAUUUAAGUCUGUGGCCUAGAACUUUUGGAAACAAUGUUUCUUUAGUAUUCUAAGACUCCAGAUCACUGAAACACUACAGAUUGUCUAUUUGCUGUGUUCAUCAAAAGAGUAAGUGACUGGUACUGUGCCUACAUUAUUCCUUUUCUUUGGUUAAAAGCCUUCAUGAACCUUUGUUGAGAAUCUGUACUUUCAGACUGUCUGCUGGAUCACAGAGUGUAUCCUCCCAGCAGUCUUUUAGGAUAUGAUUGUGCACCGGCCAUUUCAUAGCCCCUGCUUGAGUGGUCUUGUCACAUGGGCUAUUUGGUUUGGGAAUGCCUAUGUCCCUGAAGGGACUAAACAUUUGAUGCUACUUGGAUGCAGAAGUCUUCACUUGAACACAAGAGGGUGCUAUACCUUGUGUAGGAUUUGAUCUCUUUCUGACCCUCUGGGCUGACAACCUUUUAGUAACUUGGUUUUAUCCCCACAGAAGUGUGUAAUAGAGCACAUCUGGUUUACUUUGGCAGCCACAGUUAUGUUCCAGUUGUGCAGUGCUAGGAUAUUGGCAUGCUCCAUGAUGGAGGCAACUGAUGAGCUACAGACAACUUUCCUAAUGCCGAGUGCAUUAAAUUCAUUGGAUUGUGAAAGCCAAGUAAAGAGACCAGUUAUUUGAGCAGUGGGGAAGCUUCACCCACCCCUGCCAGCCUAGGAUCUCAGGAGUGGACUAUUCCUUUUCCCUUUCAUUAGGAAAAGAUGAGUGAGUGAUAUGUUAAAGCUCUUGAAUCUCCUAGGAUCGUAUCAGGAGUGAUGGACUAACUAAAAGAGACUUAAAAAGAGAAGUUGCUCAGACUGCUGCUGUGCUGCAAAUAGGAGAAGGCCUUGUCUCUUUCUUUCCGAAAGAGUUCCCACAUGAAUAAAGCCACCCCUUCUGAGUAAGGGGCUGUUCUUGAGCAUGUAAAGCCUUCCCUUUGUGAAAAUAAUGUUCAAUUCCAAGUUCUUUUGAUUUGCCUCCCAUCCCGAUCUUUUCUAAAAGUGUUAGUAAAGUGGUUAUUCUCAGGAAGGUAAUAGUAGUUGGAGACCUGUGGGUUGCAGGAGAUGCCCAUUAACUUUUUUUUAAACUCUGGAUUGUCCAAAUUUGGGCACUGUACUUUUCUUCAAUGGAGGGCUCAGGAGUGUGAUUUUCUUAAAUAAUUGUUGUAGAAAUGUUACUGUUUUUAUUUUUAAAUAGUUACAACCUGUAAACUUUUGAGCCAUUUCUAGCAUUUCUCACCAGCAAGGGGUUAUUGCAGUAAAUUUCCCCAGAGUUCCAAUUUCUAGUUGUGCCUUUUAAAGAGCGGCCUUCUGUUUUGGGGAUUUUUUGAAAAGCCAGUUUUCAGGGCCUGGGAAAGAGCCCCCUUUUCUCAGAGGAGAUAUUCUUUUUGAUAAGUUAAUGGUCAAUUGCCCAGGCCUAGAGCUUCAGUGGCAGAAUGGGAUUUGAAUUCAAAAGCAGAACACAUCUGGCUUCAGUAGAUUGUUACAGAGAGGGAUGCAGAUGUUCAAACCCUGGCUGCCUUUUGUCUUGGGCAUCAGUAGGAUUUGACUAGCCUUGGAGUACACUCAAGGGAUGCUGAUUGAGUUGCCUAAGCAUAGCAGCCAAGGGACUUAUUACCAGAGAAGUUGGGUGAAUCUCACCUCUUGCCAGUCCUUGUAUUCCUCCAGUAAAUUUGUAUGUUUUAGAAACAAAUUCAUGGGACUGAUUUCUCCAAAGGAAAAAAACCCCUCACCUUUAGCCACCCCCCAACACCACAGCUGUCAGGAGAUUGUAGACCCAGACUCUACAGUCCUGCUAGACCUAGUCCUGUACAGCACCCAGCUCUCCCUAGCAUGUUUCUUCAUUGCUCUAAGGUUGAAAAUAUCUUGUUGUAUAUAUCCUUUUACCUGCUUUGAAAACAGGGCAGUAGGAUCUCUGUUAGUGUGUUUUAAUGUUUGUGUGUUUUAUAUUUUAAUCUUAAUGUGAAAAUAAAGAACCUACCAUGUUAAACA